AAAUGAGAGAAAGAGUUAAGAAGGGGAAAGGGUUAUUAGAAUACAAAGUUUUUAUUUUUGGAAAAAGAUUAGAAGCUGUAGGGUUUAGGUGAAUGAGAAGAAAGGUGCGCUCCUGGACCAAACCUCUGAAUUUUUGCGUUCUUGUCUUCAAGUUGGUUUGUUACUUGCAGGUCAUGGCAUUUGUGGAUACUGUAAUAUCCUCAGCUGGGUUCAACCACUUGCAGGAUGUACAAUCUGAACUUAUCCAGGUGAGGAGCAAGGGGUUUAUGGUGUCCUGUUGGCUUGUAUCCUUUGCCGACGGUUGGGAAUUAAAACGGGGGGUGGGUUAACCGGUCUCUGGCUUGGCCCUAGGAUGUUUCUUAGCAUUGUAAAAUAUCAGCCCUUAAUUGAUGUGUUGCAUUUUGCUUCUUUCCAAACACUUCUGAAUUCUGCCUAACUUGUUAGAAGAAGGCAAAAGGAAGAGCUUUUUUGUUUUUUAAAAAAGUGUGUGUAAAACUUGGUUUUCAUGCUUCCAGCAAGGCACUCUUUCUGAAACAGCCAUAUAUGUUUUCUUGUAAUAUGCAUAUGCUAGGCUUCUAGGAUAGCUUUUAAAGUUGCACAUGCCUACCUGCUAAAUAUGUUGUUUAUAACCACAGUCAUAGAAUUCUGGAUCUAGAAGGCACAUUGGAAACAAUACACUCCAAUUGGUUGCUCACUCAAGGGAAAAUUACAGCAUCCCUGUCAGGUUCCAAUCCUGCCUCUGCUUAUAUACCUCCAGUGAAGGAGAGUCCAACCAUCUCCUGAGGCAGUCUGUUCCGCUUUUCUUACUGUUGGGAAGUUUCUGCCUACCUGCAAUUUUCACCUAUUGGUUCUAGACACAGGUCUGCUUUGUCUUCUUUGGGACAGCCCUUCAGAUAUUUUAAGAAAUACAUGAUAGCAGUCUUCAUGUUCUCUUCUCUGGGCACAACAUGCCUGUUACUCUUGUAUGUCUCCCCCUUUUUUCUUCCUGCCUAAGUUCCUAAUCUAAGUUUGGAAUGUGAGCUCCUCCAGGCAGGGAUCUGCAUUUUAUAAUAUUUUUUGGCACAAUUAGGGUAGAAUUGAAUUUCCAUGUGUUUCUAACAACAUGCUCACUCUGCCAAUGUAUUUGCCCUUUCACUGUAGAAUCAGCAGUAUAAAUGCCUUCUCAUGUGAAGAAAGCAGUGUCCUCCAGGAGACUGGUGAUAUAUGUGGGGCUUCCUUUAAGUUUUAAAUUUUGUCAUUCAUGUGAAAUGGGCAAGAUAGCAUACCUUCUUUUCUGCACAGUUUUAUUAUGUUUUCUCUUUUGCCCCUCCCUUUGCCUAAAUUUUCUUCAAAAAUGUGUACCUAAUCAAUGCUCCGAAAUUAUGACUGGGGAGAAACGUGUAAUCUAUAAUGGUUGCUUGUUUUAUAAAUCACUGUACGCCUGUUUCUUGACUUUAACUGUGGUGGGACCUGGAUUUUUAGAGCAACUUGUGAACACUGCCAUUGUGCCAGGUAAACUGACAAACUAGUAGGCAUGGGGUAUCCUUGGUUCAGAUCUCUGACUGAGCCAUGAACUUGCUGGGUGUGGCGAAGCAAGCUGCAGUUUUGUUUUGGUCUCCACCCCUUCUGCAAUCCAAGAAUAAGACUACUAACCUACCUUACACAAGUAUGGAUGGUGAUUCAUUUUGGAUCCUCCACAGAGGAUCACAUGAUUGCAAGAGGCCUUGCGCCCCAGAGGUGUUCAUAGGCAGAUGGAGGAGGGAGGCUUGUGUUUAGAGGAGAGAGCUCUUAUAACAGGCAAAGGCAGACUCCAGCCCUCCAGAUGUUUUGGAACUACAAUUCCCAUGAUCCCUAGCUAACAGGACCAGUGGUCAGGGAUAGUGGGAACUGUAGUCUCAAAACAUCUGGAAGGCUGGAGUUUGCCUAUGCCUGUCUUAUAACCAAGAUUCCUGUGUGCUGGGCCUUUGGCACUUGGCAUUGCAAGGACAUCUCUCAGUUCUGCUUCCUGAUUCUGAUCUAAAUUUCUUGUAUAUCAUUACAUGACAAGGAUAACUGUGACUUUAAAGAUGAAUGGGAACCCUUUACAAAGUACUUAAAGAAACAACAAAAUGAACUGGUCUCCUUGGCAGGUUUUGAAUAAACAUACACAAACUUUUUAUUGAUAAUAUUUAGAUAGAUAAAUUAAGGAUCUGUACAAUUCUGUAACAUGCAGAGAAUAACAAAUGCUGAAAAAUCAGAGAGAGGAGCUGAGGGAAGUCUGGGAGGGGGAGAGUUUUCUGUUUUCUGGGGAGGGGAUAGGGAAAAUGAGGAUGAUGUAUUUUUGAAAAACUGCUAAUUUGAAAUUCCUAAUAAAAAAUAUUUAUAAAUAAAUAAAUUUCUUGUACAUCUAGUCAUACAACAGCAGUACAGUGCUGUGGGAUGUGAUCAUGAUAGGUGGGUUUGAGAGCAUUAGAAGGCAGGAGCUACAAUAAAUAUUUGCUCCAUGGUUUUUCCCCGGGGCUCAAAAUAUUCUGAUGAACAUUUUUGUUGCCUAUCUUUGAGCUCCCUGUAGAGAUAGCUAGGGCCCUGCCUAUCCCUGAUGCAGAAUUGUAGCUUGUGCAGGAGGCCUGAUAAGAAGCCCAUUAUCUUUGCCCUAAUGGCAGGCACUGGAGCGCAUUAGAAGCUUUUGUAAGUUGCUUCCGAGUUUAAAGCAAAGAAACUGAAGGAAACCGUUGCAAGCUUUAUUCAGCAGGAGCAAGUUGUGGCACCAGGGCCUAACCUUUUUGUACUGUUUGUUUACGUUACAGUGGUGGAAACAGGAGGAUUCGUUAGGCCAUUCAUCUCGGGGGCUCUUAGAUGUGCCCCAGCCUGAGGGGGUUCAGCAGAUGAAGCAAGAAUAUGAAGCCUACUGGGAUGUUGACUUCCUCAUGAGAAACUUCUCUGCCUCGGAGCCAGCCACUGCUAGUGCUACUUGGGUUGGCCAAGAGGAACAACCUCCAGUGUCCACUGCCUGCCUGCCAGUAACCACUGAGGAGGGAAUGAGAGGCAGGCUACCCAAAACCAACAGAGGGGUGCCUGAUGCUCCUUGGGCACCAGGGUUUGACACCAAACUCCAACCAGGAGAUAGCUCUGUGAACUAUGUUCCUCCUGCCCAUCACGGAUAUGCCCAGAAUGUGAUGGAUCCAAAUAAGAGCCUAGCAUUGUCCAGUGAUCAUCUGCAGCACUUCUUUGCCCAGGCAGAUUUUGGGGCUUUUGCUCCCACAGUACAGCACCACGGAGAGCCAAAACAGAGAGUUCAUGGCCAGUACUACCAGCUGACCUAUGUACACCCAGGUCCCUCUUUGCAGAGCAAACAUGGGUCUCGCAGUCAGCUUCCACCGGCGCAAUCCCAGCUGCCGCACUGCAGUCUGCUGAGCAGCAGUUUCCCUACCUACCCUGGCCACUACCAAGCCACAUUCCAGCUUUACCAGACAGAUGCAGCUGUGUCUACUACAUCUUCCCUUUACAGUACCCUGACGCCUCCCCUGCCUGCCAAGGAAGCCGCAGACAAGCCUAAGAAAGGACACAAGUCUUCAUCCCGUAAGCAGCCUGCCAGCCACAUCUGCAAUUAUCCCAACUGUGGGAAAACUUACACCAAGAGCUCCCACCUCAAGGCCCAUCUUCGCACUCACACAGGUAAAAAAAAGAGCUGCUCGAAUAAUAAUAAUAAUAAUAAUAAUAAUUUUGUAUUUAUAUCCUGCCCUCCCCAGCCGAAACUGGGCUCAGAGCAGCUAACAACAGUAAAAGUAACACAAUUUACAUAAAAUCACAAUCAAUUAAUUGAAAUACAUUCUAAAAUCAAUUCAUUCUAAAAUCAGUUCAGUUAAUGGCAACCAUUGGGCUAGAGUUCUGAGGAUUAGCAAAGGAGGGGGUCAGACUGUGCCUUGGCCAAAGGCCUGGUGGAACAGCUCUGUCUUGCAGGCCCUGUGGAAGAUGUCCAAUCCCACAGGGCCCUAGUCUCUUGUGACAGAGCGUUCCACCAUAUCGGAGCCACAGCUGAAAAAGCCCUGGCUCUGGUUGAGGGAGGUCCCUGGGUUGGGAGUGGAUUCCUUAGUAAUGCUGUCCUCAGUAGUAUCAUCCUGCAAGUUGAACACUACUUAAUCAUACUCCAGCUUUCCACUGGAAAUUCCCUUCACAGGUACUCUGCUUUCCAUUCUGGUUUUCCCCUCUCCCAGCAUCUAACUAUGGGGUGUUUCACUACAGUGACCCAGACCCAUGCCAAGGCUGGAGGGGGGAACUGCUGUUGAUUGCGUUGUUCUUCAAUAGUGGUGUGAGUCUACUCAGUUGCCUUUUUUAGAUGAAAUCAUACCCCACCUCCUCCAAAAUGAGCAGGUUUGUAGUCUGGGAGUGAUCCUGGAUCCAUCUUUGUCAUGAAAGGCCCUGAUGAUCUCAGUGGCUAGGAGAACCUUUUUAUUAGUGUUGGCUAGUAAGAUAGCUAUGGCUGUUUCUGGACUGGGAUGGCUUCGCUACUGCCACCCAUGUGCUGAUAACCUCCAGGCUGGAUUACUGCAAUGUACUCAAUAAGUGGGGCCUUCCUUGAGAAGCCACAGAUUACCUCCCAUUAAAUAUUAGAUGGGCUCUGUCUCUGUUCCAUUUUGGGCAGCUGGUGAAGCCCAGCCUCUUCCAACAAGCAUUUUAUGUAGAUAUUUUCCCUUGUCUGCAUCUGUAUUGGAACACAUGGGGGUAUAUAGAUUUUUUUACUAGUUUUAUCAUUUGUAUGCUUGUUGCUCUUGGGACUCUUGGGAGGAAGGGUGGGAUAGAAACGUAGCAAGAAGUAAACAUAGAAAUAGGUUAAGUAAAUGUGAGUAUAAUCCUCUUUUGGCUCAGAAGAAGCACAAGGUUGCAGUGAUUGUUGCUGGUCUUUUGCAGGUGAGAAGCCAUACCCAUGCCUGUAUGAAGGGUGUGCUUGGAAAUUUGCCCGCUCCGAUGAGCUGACUCGCCAUUAUCGUAAGCACACUGGCCAACGCCCAUUCAAGUGUCAGGUCUGCCUGCGCACUUUCUCCCGUUCGGAUCACCUCUCCCUCCAUGUGAAGAAACACGUGUAACUGAUGCCCAAACCCUGGACUGCAGUGGACAUUCUGGGCCAACAGGUGGUCUUUAAGAAGAGGGUGGUAGGGGUGGGUCAUUGGGUAACUGCAGGUGUAAGCCUUUCUCUCCUUGUAGCCCCUUGUCCUUCACAAGUGCUGUGAUCUGCAUCUGUGGUAGGGAACUAACCUGGCAGGGGUCCUAAUCUGGCGAGCCAGACCACUUUCCCCCAAACUAUGGCCAUCUCAAUGGAAUGGCAAUUAAAGACAUGGCUGGGAUUGACUGCACUAGGGAGUUCUGGAGCAGCUGCUCCAGACUCUAACUGGAUCAAGUCUGCCACUGUUCUAUAUAUGUACUAAUUUCUAUGAAAUAAAGCCAAGCCAUUGCAGAACGAUUGUGGUAACAACUCAUCUUUCUCAAAGGUGAGGAAUCUGUGGCCCUUCAGACGUUGUUUGGCUAAAGUUCCCAUCAUACCAUUGCUUGUUCCAGUUUAUGGGAACAUUGCUUGUUCCUUGCUCAUGGGGAAUAGAAUCUUCUCCCUGUAUUUUGCUUUUCUGACCCAGUUGUCAUCCAUGCAGACCACUGUCUUCAGCCCCCCCAGAAUGUUCCUGUAGCUACGGGUUGCUUACAUAUGUUGAGUUGGCAUCCAAGGGAUGUGGGCAUCCCGAGACAACUGCGUCCUGCGGGUUCUCUAACUGUAUAAAGGGAAGGUGGAGUAAUAGUACCAUCCAGGGCUUUCUUUAUUAAAAUGAAUUGGCUGAAAAA